GCAAUGUCACAGCUGUAUUACAAGAAAACUGACAAGUCCACAUACAGGGACCGCAUCCCCCUGCGGAUCGUGCGGGCGGAGUCUGAGCUCUCUAACCUGGAGAGGGCCUACCUGGGUGCUGUUGAAAAGGGGGACUAUGCCACUGUGAAACAAGCCCUGGAGGAGGCUGAGAUCUACUUCAGGAUAAACAUCAACUGCAUCGACCCCCUGGGGCGCACAGCUCUGCUCAUUGCCAUUGAAAAUGAAAACUUGGAGAUUAUUGAUUUGCUGCUCAGCUUUAAUGUAUAUGUGGGUGAUGCCCUGCUACAUGCCAUCCGCAAAGAAGUAGUGGGGGCCGUGGAGCUGCUGCUCAACCACAAGAAGCCACGUGGAGAAAAACAGGUCCCACCAAUUCUACUGGACAAACAGUUUUCAGACUUCACCCCAGACAUUACUCCAAUCAUCCUUGCAGCCCACACCAACAACUACGAGAUCAUUAAACUGCUUCUGCAGCGAGGUGUUUCCAUACCUCAGCCACAUGCUGUGCGCUGCAACUGUGUGGAGUGUGCGUCCAGUUCCGACGUGGACGGCUUACGGCACUCACGCUCCCGUCUUAACAUCUACAAGGCCCUUGCCAGCUCAUCUCUUAUUGCCCUCUCCAGCGAAGAUCCUUUCCUCACGGCAUUUCAACUCAGCUCGGAGCUGAAGGAGCUCAGCACAGUAGAGAACGAGUUCAAGUCAGAGUAUGAGGAACUGUCCCAUAUGUGUAAACAAUUUGCAAAGAACCUCUUGGACCAGACCAGGAGCUCUAGAGAGUUGGAAAUAAUCCUCAACUACCGCGAUGACAUCAACCCUCUGCUGGAUGAGAUCACUAAUGAUCUGGCCCGAUUGAAGCUGGCUAUCAAAUAUUGCCAAAAGGAGUUCAUUGCUCAGCCCAACUGUCAGCAGCUGCUGGCCUCUCAGUGGUAUGAUGAGUUCCCAGGCUGGAGGAGGCGUCACUGGGCAGGAAAGCUCAUCACAUGUAUCUUCAUUGGCCUCCUCUUUCCACUGUUAUCCAUCUUCUACGUGAUCUCUCCAAAGAGCCGCUAUGGCUUAUUCAUCCGUAAGCCUUUCAUCAAGUUCAUCUGUCACACUUCUUCCUACCUGACCUUCCUCUUCCUGCUCCUGUUGGCCUCGCAGCAUAUAGCCGCUGCAGACCAGAACUAUCAAGGCCCGAAACCCACCACUGUGGAAUGGCUGAUCCUGCCCUGGGUGCUUGGCUUCAUAUGGACUGAGAUCAAACAGAUGUGGGAUAGUGGUUUCCAAGACUACAUAGACGACUGGUGGAACUUAAUAGACUUCAUUGUGAACUCCUUGUAUCUUGCAACCAUUUCUCUGAAAUGUGUUGCCUUUGCAAAGUACUAUGGGCACAAAUCCAGAAAUGACUGGGAAAUGUGGCAUCCGACUUUGGUUGCAGAGGCAUUGUUUGCCAUUGCCAACAUCUUCAGCUCCUUGCGGCUCAUUUGCGUUUUUACUGCCAACUCCCAUCUGGGCUCCUUACAGAUCUCACUGGGCCGCAUGCUCCUGGACAUCCUCAAGUUCCUCUUCAUCUAUUGUCUCGUCCUGUUAGCCUUUGCUAAUGGCCUCAACCAACUCUACUUUUAUUAUGAAACAAAUGAGGAGGGUGAAUGCAAGGGUAUUCGCUGUAUGACGCAAAACAACGCCUUCUCAACGCUGUUCGAGACAAUGCAGUCAUUAUUUUGGUCUGUAUUUGGCCUGAUUCCCCUCCAUGUGACCAAUGUGAUACCACAGCAUGAAUUCACUGAGUUUGUGGGCAGCACCAUGUUUGGCACGUAUAACGUCAUCUCCCUGGUAGUGCUUUUGAACAUGCUAAUUGCAAUGAUGAACAAUUCCUACCAGCACAUUGCUGAUCAUGCAGAUAUAGAGUGGAAAUUUGCAAGAACAAAAUUAUGGAUGAGCUAUUUUGAAGAAGGGGGAACUUUGCCAUCUCCAUUCAAUAUAAUACCAACUCCAAAGUCAAUUUAUUAUGUAAUUGGAUGGAUAAAGACUCAUUUAUUUAAGAGAACAAGUUUAAAAAGACUUGAAACCUUUGAAACUUUGGGGAGACGUGCGGCCGAAAAUGUAAGAUUAAACCACGAGUAUCAGGAGGUUUUGAAGAACCUCAUGAAGCGCUAUGUUGCAGCAAUGAUCCGAGAUGCCAAGACAGAGGAAGGGCUAACAGAAGAGAAUUUCAAGGAGCUCAAGCAGGAUAUCUCCAGCUUCCGCUAUGAAGUCCUCGGAAUGAUGAAGGCUAAACCUCAAGGUGGGGUCGCAAGUAACGUUGCAAGCUCCAACUUGGCUUACCCUGGAAACUCAUUCAAGUACUCUCCCAAAUUCCCUACUGAUGAGCCUCAACAGAAGCAGAACGUGUUUGACAUGACCUCCCCCACCCCGCAGAGCUCUGCGCUAUCCAAGAUUGUCUCAGAUGCUGGGUCCCUCCAGGGACAGACACUCCCUUCUCAGAAAUGUAAUGCAAUAUACUUAGAGGAAGAUAAGGCGGGAUAUGGUGGACAAAGCCAAGAAGACCUUCAGAAUGAGAGAGUGAUUGUUGAAGUCUUAGAGAAAGUGGCGGGACAUUCAGGAGAUUGA